AACAAAAAACCCAGCCAAGCCGACAGCCUUCCCUUGAAAAACCGGUAGGAAGCUUGGAUAUUUCUCCUUCUUUUCUUGUUCUAGGAUUGAAAUUGAACCCAGAAAUCCCCCCCUCCCUCUGCAGAAAUCCGGAUCUACUCUGCUCUGUCCGUCCAGUUGCUGCUCUUGUUUGUGGGUGCAAAUUCCUUUGAUUUUUCUGUUUCCGUGAGUUCCCUUCACUUCCCGCCGGCUUCUCCCCAAACUGCAGCUCCAGUUUUGCUUGCUGGAUUUAUGUUUCCGUGAGUUCCCUUCACUUCCCGCCGGCUUCUCCCCAAACUGCAGCUCCAGUUUUGCUUGCUGGAUUUAUGGUAUAUGACAGCCCCCUUUGAGCCUAAAAUCAUCCAUUAGUUGUUGAAUUAUCCAUGUAGUGGCUGCCCCUGUGAUGUCCGAAAUUCUAUUGAAAAAUGGGGAUGAACUUUGACAGUAAUUAGACCAUGAUUUAGCUUAAUUCAUGUAGAAAUUUUGUUUAUUUGGACUACUGUGAGAUUUUGGAGUGAAAUCUCGUGAGAUUAGCUAUGGUUUUGCCAAUUAUGGAAGUGCAGUUACUGUUCAUGGUGUGAUUACCGUUCACGGUACUGUUUAUGGGUACUGUUUACGUGUACUGUUCAUGAACUGAUGACCAACAAUUAACCGGGAUUAAAUGAUUAGUUUGUAAUAUAAGAACAAAUUUGAAGAUGUCUGGUCAUGUGAAGACUGAUAAAAAUAGCAUCGUAAUUAGAGUUGAAGAUUGGGAACUCGAUUACGGGCCUCAAAGAUUCAAGUACAAAGAUCUGUAUGUGGCCACAAAUGGGUUCAAGGACAAAGGGUUACUGGGUUCCGGUGGAUUUGGUAAGGUUUAUAGAGGAACAUUACCCACCUCCAAAUUGGAGAUUGCCGUCAAAAAGGUCUCUGGUGAAUCAAGACAGGGAAUGAAGGAAUUCGUGGCGGAAAUUGUUAGCAUCGGUCGUCUCCGUCACCGGAAUUUAGUACAACUCCUGGGGUUUUGCCGGAGGAAAGGGGAGUUGCUCUUGGUCUAACGGAAGUCUGGACAAGUACCUCUAUGGCCAGCCGAAGGUCACUCUGAAUUGGAGACAGAGGUUUAGUGUCAUCAGGGGCGUAGCCUCGGGGCUACUCUAUUUGCACGAAGAAUGGGAACAAGUUGUGAUUCAUAGAGAUGUAAAGGCCAGCAAUGUUCUCUUAGACAGUGAAUUGAACGGAAGAUUAGGAGAUUUCGGAUUGGCGAGAUUGUAUGGUCAUGGAAUGGAUCCACAGACAACACAUGUGGUGGGUACUCUGGGGUACCUAGCGCCGGAGCACACCCGAACAAGGAAGGCCACAACCAGCACCGAUCUGUUUGCUUUUGGUGCCUUUUUGCUAGAAGUUGCCUGUGGAAGAAGGCCGAUUGAGCCACAAGGUGAAACAGGGGAUUUGAUGCUGGUUGAUCUGGUGUUUUCGUUUUGGCAAAGAGGGGAGAUUCUUGAGAUCAGAGAUCCAAAAUUAGGGACGGAUUUUGUAGCAAAGGAGGUGGAGUUGGUAUUGAAGCUGGGUUUACUCUGUUCGCAUUCAGACCCCACAGCCAGGCCAAGCAUGCGCCAAGUGGUGCAAUACUUAGAAGGGGAUGUUCCUUUAUCGGACUUAUCAGCACUAGGCCUGACUGCCAGUGGCCUAACGUUUGCCCAUGGUGAAGGUUUUGAUGACUUUGUCACGUCCUAUCCGUCUUCCAUGGAUAAGGCACACACGCAUUCCUCUUCAAUUGCAGAAUCCCUCCUUUCAGGAGGUCGAUGAAUCUGGAAACUUUUGUAUUUUAUUUGUGUUUUGUACGGAAUAUUUUGUUUGUGUUUUUCUCUAUAUGGUUAUUACCAGAAAUGUUAAAUUAGCUUCUCUCAUUGUGCAAACAGGUAAAGAUAUAUGCUGUUGUUUUUUUUCUUUGAAUUAAGACCAUUAGUGAUG